AUGAGGUUACUUGUUGUGACUUUUUGCUUAUCUACAAUUAUUUUUGUUUUACUUCCAAUUGCAAUCUCUUCUUCGUUUACAAUCUUGAACUCGGUUGGUAAAGACUGUGAUGAAGAAACGGGAAAGUGUGUCGAAAUUUGUGAAUUUGAGGAUUUUAAGCUGUUUCCUGGGACAGCUGACGCAAACAACACAAAAUGCUUAGCCGUUUUCUGCAGCGAAGACUUCACCUUGACAGUCCACACAUGCAUUCAUGAGGAAAAUCCAUCGUGUACAUAUAGUCAUAAUUAUAAGCAGCCAUUCCCCGAUUGUUGCAAUAAAUUUUGUCAAUCUAUCGUUCAACUCAAUUGA